UACUUGGAAAUUACUUAAAUAAACUCUUCUACACCACCACAAAGUAUAGGAAAGAGCAGGCGAAUAACACUAACAGUCUUUUCUUUUAAAACAAGUUUUUUCAACAUUGAAAAUGUUGUCUUGAGUGUGGCUUCUGUGAACUCAACUCUUCAUGACAAAGCUGACAUCACACUGGAUGAAGAAAUCCCAAUUGGAAAAACCAUUGGAAUGUGCCAGGCGCGUGAUGAAGAUUACUUGGGAGAUUUAACCUUUGAACUUGAUCCUUGGAAUGUUUACUUUGCAGUUGAUAAAGAGCGUGGGACUGUGGUUACCACCACUCGUCUGGACGUGGAGAGAGCGGGGUUUGCAAGUGUCCAGUCCUUCUCCAUUAAAGCCUGUGACCAUGAGCAGAGGUGUGCAGCAAUUCCAGUGACUGCCCGUAUUCGUGGCAUUAAUGACAACUCACCUUUCUGUGACCAGUAUCUGAUUAGGUAUACAGGCGAAGAGGUGAUUGCAGAGGGCACAGUAGUGGCAACGUUCUUAUGUCAUGACCUGGACAAGCCUCCUGAUACAAUCCACUAUGCUCCAAGCUCGGGCCCAGUUGGUUCUGGACAAAUCUUUGAGCAAGUGCCAGUGGCUGCCCACGUCAUCCAGGUGAGCAGCAGCAGCUCCUGGUGGCUCUCCCAGGGAGAUGGAGUGGUGUCGAAGCCAGAGCUGGGGAAGUGCUGGUAG